CCCCACAUUAGCCUCUCAAAGUGUCAUUUUCUCACAUAUACUUCACACAAAAGAAACAACCAUUCACUUCAUCUUCAUCCUUUGUCAUUUCUCUCUCUCUCAAAAACUCAAUCUCAAAUUCCUUCUUGGUACUACUACUACUACCUUUCUUUUGAUCAACACAAAGAUAACAUAAGUUACUAGUAAGCGCAGCGCGCUAGCGCAAAGAAAGAGAAGAAGUAUAUACAUGGAGCUAUUCCCAGCACAACCAGACUUAUCUUUACAAAUAAGUCCUCCAAACAACAAAUCAUCAUCAUCAUCAACAACAACAACAACAACAUGGAAGGCUAUGAGUAGUAAUAAUAACAAUAUUGAUAGAGAUGAGAUGGACUUAUUCUUCUUGAGAAGAGCUUUAGAAUCAAAACCUGAUAACAACAAUACUCUUUUUGAGCUUUCUUUAUCUAAUCCUAAUUAUAAACCUUCUCAUCAUACUCAACUAAUUAACUCUUCCCAUUUUCAUCCCCUACAAAACACAAAUUUCAUCCACCAACAAAAUCAACAACAACUUAAUAUCAUGAGACCUAUAAGAGGAAUUCCAUUGUACAAUCAAAACCCUCUUCCUCUUCCUCUUCCUCUUUCUCAUCAUCAUAAUAACUACCCAAUAUUUGCUCACCAAACCUUUGAAAAUACUGCUCCUACAACAACACCUACAUUACCUAUACAUUCUUCUGGAUAUUGUAUUAGUAGUUUUAGUAACAAUAGUAACAAAACUAUACCUAAUUCCUCACCAACAACUAUCCCUUUUCAUCAUUCUAAUCAUCAAGGUGGGCUAAUGCGAUCUAGAUUUUUAUCAAGGUUCCCUAAACGUACCAUGAGAGCGCCACGUAUGCGAUGGACUAGUAGUCUUCAUGCCAGAUUUGUUCAUGCUGUUGAGCUCUUGGGUGGCCAUGAAAGAGCAACACCCAAAUCAGUUCUUGAGCUAAUGGAUGUGAAAGAUCUCACUUUGGCACAUGUUAAAUCCCAUCUACAGAUGUAUAGGACGGUCAAGACUACCGAUAGAGCAGCAGUUCCAGCUUCUUCAGGCCAAUCUGAGGUAUUCGAUAAUGGGUCUUCUGGGGAAACUUCAGAGGAUUUAAUGCCUGACAUGGAAAAUUCAAAAAAGCCUGAUUUAUCUGAUCAACAAGGCAAAAAUAGUAUGCAUCUUCAAGAGAUAGAUUAUCAUGGUCUUUGGAGCAACUCUUCGAGCAGAGAAAGUUGGCAGCUGCAUGGCAAACAUGGUGACUACCCUGGGAACAUCCCAUCUCUUGAGAAAACAGUGAAAAAUCAGCAUAUAGAUUUGGAAGCAAAAUGUUUAAGCUAUGAUAGAUUAUCAGGAGAAGUGAGCUCUUCAAGUAUAACAGAGACAAGUCCAAAGAAGCCUAAUUUGGAGUUCACUUUGGGAAGGCCUUGAGAGUAAUAUAAAAUAAAUAAAUUGCAUGCAGAUAAGUUAUUAAGUAGUACUCAUUUUGAAAUCAUUAUAAUUUCUGACAAGGCAAAAGUUAAAAAAAAAAAAGUAACAAGAGAAUCAGGUACCCACAAGAAGAGAAAAAAAAAGAAGCAAAAGAAAGACAAGGAGACAAAAAAGACAGGAAGAAGGCAUAAGGAGAAGGAGGGGGAAAAUAUGUGAGUCAUCUACAUCAAACAAUAUCUUAUUUUAUUCUUUUUUCUAGAGAGAGAGAGAGAGAAGAAUAUGAAAUCUAAUUGAUUUUGUGUAUUAUUAGAGUAGUCAUUAGAGGGAGAAAGAAAAAAGAGACCUUUUUUCCCCCUCUCUUUUUGUAACUAGUAUCUAGGAAGUUAUCUUUUUAAUUAUCCUUGGUAAUUGCAUGACUUACUUUAUUUUAUAAUGUUUUAAAGAAAAGAAAUGGCUUAGUAUA